GGUAGUGGAGGGGACAUCAGAGGUGGUAGUAGAGGGGGAUGAUCAAGUUGCGGAGGAUGAGAGGACGCCGGAGAUGACGGAUGACGAGGUAGUAUUCGUGUCGGAGGGGGCGACGGAGGUCCCGAAGGGUAAGAAGCGUGCUGCUGACGCGCCAGAGCUGAUGGUCGGUAAGAGAUCAAGAUUGCCGUCACAGUACAUCGUUUCUCCCUACACGGUCGAGGCGAAGAGAAGGGGAUUUGUAGAUGGGGCGUACCCCAAUCUUUUUCGCGACGUCGACCCAGUCAGACAGAAGGCGUUCGAUGAUUGAUUCAAAUCCCUUAAGUCCGAAGAUAGUUAUACCAUCGGUUGUAUGACCGUGCCCAAUGCUAAAAAGUGGUUUGAAGAUGUACUGACGACCUCAGCUUGGCUCGCUGAUGAUCAUAUCGACUUGGCUAUGGAAUUGUUACGCGAUCGGGCGCGGAGAUACCCGAGAUCUUAUGACAGUCCUACUCGAGUUAUCUUGACCGCUGAGUUCGUUCAUGUCGUAGAUAUUGAGCAUCAGGAGCUCCUAAGCAAGGGGAAUGAUUAUGUUCUGUCUGAGUACAUGCUAGAGUGGGUGAUUGGACUACAGUUGAGGUGCGGAAAGCCGUGGACGGAUUGUACACAUAUGUACAUUCCAGUGAUCGCGAACUCACACUGUUUUUCGGUGGAGAUCGUAUUUGCUGAUUCCACCAUAUAUGUGUACGACUCUGAUCAUAGCUGUCUGACACAAAGUCAACUGGAGCAAAUACUGGAGCCAUUGGCUGUGAUCGUGCCCAUGAUGGCUAGUCAUGCGAUGAUUCGAGUAAAUGAUAGAUUAGCCAUUGUGCGGAACACGACGACGGCGAGACAAGAAAGAUCGGGUGACUGUGGCUUAUUUGCAAUCAAGUACAUAGAGUUCUUGAGCAUUGGUCGCAAUGUUGAUACAAUAAAUCAGUCUUGGAUUGAUAUGUGGAGGCAUAAAUUAGCUUGCGACUUGUAUUGUCAUUCAAGUCUACAAUGUAUCCAACAUUACGCCCGCAUCUCACGGAGAAGCGAAAUUGAUCUAGUGGUUCCACAAAUAGAGCUUUUGCCACUUCCAGAGUUUUGAAUAGUCGAUCUUCCUGUGCCGGAGCUAGCACACUCGUGCAAUUUUGGGAUUCUUCACGUCGGUCAUAAAACCACUGUUGCAACUUGCUGCGAAUAUGUUCAAUCAUUGCGAGAAUCGGUAACUCUCGAUCCU